CCUGCUACUGGAGGCCGGCGCCAACCCCAACGUUGCCCAGAGGAUGAGCGGAACGACGCCGCUGAUGAAGUCGGUGAAGGAGGGCAAGGAGGCGGCGGUGCAGAUGCUGCUCUCACAUGGCGCCGACCCCAACGCCGCGAACUCGCACGGACAGACCUCCCAGCACAUGGCGGCUCGCUCUGUCCGGUGGGACAUCUUGUGCCUGCUAUGGGAGGCCGGAGUCAAACCCAACGUCGCCGAUACGGAGGGCGGGGAGACGCUGCUGAUGAAGGCGGUGACGGAGGGCGAGGAGGCGGCGGUGCGGAUGCUGCUCUCACCGGACAUCGUGCGCCUGCUACUGGAGGCCGGCGCCGACCCCAACGUUGCCCAGAAGAUGAGCGGAACGACGCCGCUGAUGAAGUCGGUGAGGAAGGGCAAGGAGGCGGCGGUGCAGAUGCUGCUCUCACACGGCGCGAACCCCAAUGGCGAGGAGGCGGCGGUGUGGAUACUGCUCUCGCACGGCGCCGACGCCAUCGCCGAGAACUCGUACGGACAGACCUUCCUGCUCAUCGCGGCUUACUCUGGCUGGCUGGACAUCGUGCGCCUGCUAUUGGAGGCCGGCGCGGAUCCAAACGCCGCGGACUCGAACGGAGAGACCUCCCUGUACCACGCGGCUCGUUCUCGCCAGCUGGAUAUCGUGCGCCUGCUACUGGAGACCGGUGCAGAUCCAAACGUCACCGAGACGCAGACCGGGAAGACGCCGCUGAUGAUGGCGGCGUGGGAGGACAUGGAGGCGGUGUCACAUGGCGCCGACGCCAACGCCGCGGACUCGUACGGAGCGACCUCCCUGCACAUGGCGGCUCGCUCUGGCCGGCUGGACAUCAUGGGCAUGCUACUGGAGGCCAGCGCCGACCCCAACGUCGCCGAGACAAACAGUAGAGCGACGCCGCUAAUGAUGGCGGUGAGUAAUGGCGAGGAGGCGGCGGGGCGGAUGCUGCUCUCACACGGCGCCGACGCCAACGCCGCGAACUCACACGGAGCGACCUCCCUGCACAUGGCGGCUCGCUCUGGCCGGCUGGACAUCAUGGGCAUGCUACUGGAGGCCAGCGCCGACCCCAACGUCGCCAAGACAAACAGUAGAGCGACGCCGCUAAUGAUGGCGGUGAGUAAGGGCGAGGAGGCGAUGGUGCGGAUGAUGCUCUCACACGGCGCCGGCGCCAACGCCGCGGACUCACACGGACGGACCUCCCUGUACCACGCGGCUUGCUUUGGCUGGCUGGACAUCAUGCGCUUGCUACUGGAGGCUGGCGCAGAUCCAAACGUCGCCAAGACGCAGACCGGGGAGACGCUGCUAAUGAUGGCGGUGAGUAAGGGCAAGGAGGCGAUGGUGCGGAUGCUGCUUUCACACGGCGCCGACGCCAACGCCGCGGGCUCGUAUGGAUGGACCACCCUGUACCAUGCGGCUUGGGUUGGCCGGCUGGAUAUCGUGCGCCUGCUACUGGAGGCCGGCGCCGAUCCCAACGUUGCCAUGAAGAACAGUAAAAAGAUGCCGCUGAUAAUCGAAGGAAAGAGGAGUUUCACCGCGUUACACUACUGCUGUGAACGAGGUCAAACCGAGAUGAUUACUCUUCUCUUGAAACACGGAGCUGACCCGAACCUCGUCGAUUGCAACAAGAGGACGCCGCUCGCUAUAAUAGGAAGCUCCAUAAUGGCCUGGUACGCAGCACAAAUGGCGUUAGCUCUCCUACAGACGUGCAAGUCCGCCGGCGCACUUCUAAAGUGCCACUGCGCGCGCGUUAUCGUCAGACGCAGCGUUGCAUACAAGAACAGGCUGCAGCUGCCUCCGAGUCUCAUAGAAUUUGUCAGGGCACACGCUAGACCAACGUAG